CUCUCUCUCUCUCUCUCUCUCUCUCUCUCUCUCUCUCUCUCUCUCUCUCUCUCUCUCUCUCUCCUCUUAUUAUCUUUUUUUUUAUAUCUCUCAUCAUUUCUAGCUAUCAUCCAUGGAGUACUCUGAAGCAAUUUCCAGGUGGGUUCAUGAGUACUCUCUUCAAACAUCCUUUAGUGAUUGUUUCCUUAUCUUCUUCAUCUCUCUCCUCAUAUUAAUCCUCUCUCUCCUCCUCUCACUCUCACUCUAUUUACUGAGACCAAGGCUUUGGUGCAACUGCGAAAUUUGCCACACUUACAUCACCUCAACUUGGUCGGACCAGUUCUUCAAUCUAUGCGACUGGUACACUCACGUCCUCACCAAAUCCCCAUCCAAAACCAUUCACAUCCAUGUGCUGGGAAACACGAUCACCGCGAACCCGGAAAACGUCGAGUACAUGCUCAAGACCAGGUUCGAGAACUACCCGAAAGGGAAACCGUUUUCUGCGAUCCUGGGCGAUCUCCUGGGGAAGGGUAUCUUCAACGUGGACGGGGAGCACUGGAAAUUCCAGAGGAAAAUGGCGAGCCUCGAGCUCGGCCGGGCCUCCAUCCGGUCGUAUGCGUUCGAAGUCGUCAGUCAGGAGAUCAAGAACCGGCUUAUCCCUCUCCUGUCCUCGAUUGCGGAUAGAGAAGACUCCGCCGCGGUUCUGGAUUUACAGGACGUUUUCCGGAGAUUCUCGUUCGAUAGUAUUUGCAGAUUCUCGUUCGGGCUUGAUCCAAAAUGCCUGGAAGUGUCCCUGCCCUUGUCCGAAUUCGCGGUUUCCUUUGACCUGGCUUCCAAGUUAUCCGCGGAGAGAGCCAUGACCGCCUCCCCUUGGAUAUGGAAAGCCAAGAGAAUACUGAAUUUAGGGUCCGAGCGACGCCUCAAAAAGUCCAUCAAAAUGAUCAACACCCUCGCUCAAGAGGUGAUAACCCAACGGCGAAAACUGGGCUUUUCGGCCCACAAAGAUCUUCUCUCCCGCUUCAUGGGAACGAUAAACGACGAGACGUAUCUAAGAGAUAUCGUGGUUAGUUUUUUGUUGGCAGGGCGCGACACGGUGGCCUCCGCCUUGACUAGCCUGUUCUGGCUCCUGGCCAGACACCCUGACGUGGUUGACUCCAUCCUGGCCGAGUCAGACAGCGUCAUUGGGCCUAACCAGGAGCUCGCGAGUUUCGAACAAAUGAGGGAACUCCACUAUCUGCAGGCAACCGUUUACGAGAACAUGAGGCUAUACCCACCCAUCCAAUUCGAUUCAAAGUUCUGCUUGGACGACGACGUCCUGCCCGACGGGACGUUUGUGAAGAAGGGAACGAGGGUUACUUACCACCCUUACGCCAUGGGAAGAAUGGAGGAGAUUUGGGGUCAAGAUUGCUUGGAGUUCAAGCCAGAGAGGUGGUUGCGAGAUGGGGUGUUCUUUCAAGAGAAUCCUUUCAAGUACCCGGUUUUCCAAGCCGGGCUUAGGGUGUGUUUGGGGAAAGAAAUGGCUCUGGUGGAGCUCAAGACCGUGGCGCUCUCGUUGCUGCGCCGGUUUGAGAUCAGGCUCGCUUCGCCGCCGGACCACCCACACGGUCUCCGGUUCUCCCCCGGCCUCACCGCCACUGUCGGCGGCGGUCUCCCGGUGCUGGUCCGACAAAGGAGAGGAGCCCCAUCCUAGUGCAUAUAUAUAAACCACCAUGGCUAGCUACAUAAACUCAUUAACAACAACUAAGUACUAACCCUAAGGAAUAAAUUCUAUUUUUCAGAGAAGUGUGCAGAAUGCUUGCAUACAAUCUGUUGAUACUACUUUAUGACCUAAGAUUCGCAAGUACUACUAAAGUGUACCAAUAUGACCUGGAGGGUCCUACAUGGGCAUCAUGUCUGGUUGGUUUUCUGGUAAGGGUUUUUAUGUAAAUUGUGCUUAGUUCAAAAUUUGUUUGGUAGCUGCUGUUGUUCUUGGGCUACUGUGUGCAGACUAGUGUGAGUAGUGUGUGUGUCACAUUAAUGAAUUCAUCUGUCAUUAUGAUUGUA